UCGUGUGUUCAAGCAUUGAUUGAGGACGGCGUGGCUGUCAGUGUACAAUCAUGGUGUGUCGACGAACAGACAUCCAUUCCAUGCGCAUGCCAUUGUACAUGUGCGCCCGCCGCUACGGCGGCAUGCAUCUCUCUCUCUCCCUCUCCCUCUAACACUCAACCAACCAAGCAAGCAACGGAUUGAACGAUAACCCAAUACAUACACACACCGCACACACACAGACCAACACCCAAAGCCCAAAACUGAUGGAUAAACAACGACAGAUACUGACUGCUCUGAUCUGAUAAGGAGAAAACCAACGGGUAUGUGGUCAGUCAGCCCAGCGAGAAGGCUCUCUUGAUGGCCCCCUUGCCCCGAUCCCGCCGGCGUCUCAUCACAUUGACGCUCGUCAAAGUCGGCGAACACACACGACUGGCCGGCUCCUACACCCACCCCCACACAAUGCACGCAGCCGUCUGUGUCAAGCGGCUUACUUGUGGCGAUGGUGUUUGUGAAUGGUGUGUGACGGUUAUCGGGGGUAUGGCGCUCGACCCGCGGGGGCGGCCACAGGGGGGAGCCUGUGGGGUCAGCGAACUGGGAGACUCUGAUGACACACACACGCACACACACAGACACAGACACAGUGAGCCGGCAGGACACUCAACACACCACACGCCCACCCUCACCGGUAGCAUUUGCGGGUCUGUAUCCGCCGAGGAAGUCGGUGUCGGCAUCCCCCUCUGCUGGAGGGUGCACCACACACACGCCCCCAACCCGCUGCUUGCCGCCCACAGCCUGCUCCUCGUCGUCCAUCAUCUCGUCCUCGUCAAGCUCGGCGAGCUGGAAGCCGCGGAUCUCCACACCGGACCGGGACCGACGGGGGCCGUACGACGACAUGACUGAUGGACAUACCAUGGCAACAGAGAGAGGCAGGAGAACGGUGUGUUGGUGGGCGGACAAUGGGGGGAGGGUGUGAGCGUGUGUGUGAGAGCGUACUGGUCAUGAAGUCCUGGAAGUCGAUGAAGCCGUCAUCUGCACACACAGAGAGAGAGAGAAGAGGACCAGAGGGAGAGGGAGGGAGGGAGGGAGGGAGACAGAUAAAUGGACCGAUCCACAGAGCUUGUGGUGUGUGUGUGUGUGUAUGUGGUCUGGGUGCGUACGGUUUCUGUCGAAGUAGUUGAGCAUCUGUUGGCAGAACUCGUCCCCGAACAGCCCCUGGACGUCCGCAUCGAGAAGGACGUCUGCCAGCUGCUGCACCGAUAUCUUGCCCUUGCCCUCACGAUCAAACACACGAAACGCCGACCAACACACGUCACGCUGACACGCUUGACUGCACUCACCGACCAACCAACACAGAGGUAUGUAUUGUGUUCUUCCUUCCGUGUGUGUGUCUCGGUGUGAGUGUGUCGGAGUGUGUGUACCGUUUGUCAAUCGAGGCAGCGAUGAACUCGGUGUAGUCGAUGAAGCCUGAGUUAUCCAAAUCCUGUAGGACCCAGGCCACACCACACGAGAGCCCACGUGUCUCUGUCUGUCUGUCUGUCUGUAUGGGCUAGCUACCAUGUCCUGGAACCACUCCUCAAUGUCUUCAUUGGUCAGCAGACCACGGUCACACAGCUUCUGGAAACCUGCACAUAUAUGCCCCACACACACACAGCACACAAUACAACCAACACGCAGACGCCGAUCGAUUCAUUCCGGUGCACCGACCUUACCCUGCUUCAUCUCCUGCAGCGAGAGCACGCCGUCUCCAUUGGUGUCAAGCUCCACAAACACAUCGUGCAGAUGACCAAUGUGGUUGUCGUCCUGAUUGCAACACAUCCAUCCAUCCAUCCAUGCCAAACAUACAACGCUUGUCUCUGCCUCUUUGUCCCCGGCGCAGCGUACCAGCUGUCGUGCGACAGCAGCGACGGCCAUCCGUCUGAACUGGUUGACCCUGCAGUACCGCCGCAGGUUGGUCAGCAGCUCUGCCGGGAUGGACGCGUGGUGGGCCCCCUGGUGGUAGGCCACCCAGGGGUGCUUGAGCACCUCCUCAGCUGUGUACCCUGCACACGUGCAUCACAUGAACCGGACACCAGCACAGAGGGUACAUAUGUCUGUGCGGGAGGGUGGGUGGUGUAGGAGGGUUACGUUUCUUGGGAUCGACGACGAGCAGUUUGCUGACGAGCUGUCGGGCCUCCGGGCUGAUCUGACGCCACACACCAUCUGCACGCGCACAGGACAAUGCCCGUCCUCUCGACGACUGAGUUCUUCCAUGCAUCCUCCCUCCCUCCCUGCCUCACGUGUCAUAGAGUAGUCGCCAUUGAGAAUCUUCUGCACCACUCCCUGACCGAAAAAAGGCGGCUGACCACUCAGCAUCACAAAUAGCACCACACCUGACACACACGCGCACACAUGGCAGUAUGCCCAUCCACCCAGUGACUUACACACAGCACUUACCCAGUGACCACAUAUCGCAUUUCUCGUCAUAGGGGUACCCGGCGAGCACCUCGGGCGCCACGUACAUGAGCGACCCUAUCCGCGUCUUCAUCAGCGCAGGCGGCAUCCGCCCGCUGUCGUCACUAUCGCCCCCCUCGCCCGCCUCCUCAGUGUCGCCGUCCUCACCACCACAUUCAUCGCUCGACCCGGAUUUCGCACGAUGACGGCCGUUGUGACGCACCUGAGGGACCAGAUCAGAUGGACACUGAUCAGAUCAGAUGGUGGAUGGAUGUGUGUGUUGGAUCGGUGUGGGCGGGGCGAGGGUUCACACCUGUCUGAAUGGGUGCGGCACCACUUGCUGUCGCAGGACAGGGCGGAACUUGGUGCCGAAGCCAAAGUCGAUGAUCUUGAUGGGCGACUCUGGCGCCUUCGUAAGGAAGACGAUGUUCUCGGGCUUCAUGUCCCUGUGUGCGAUGCCCCUCUGGUGGCAGUACAGCAGCGCCGAGGCCACCUGCUUGAUGAUGGCAGCCGCCGUCCGCUCACUGCAAACAUGUCAUGACACACACGGGAUGGAUGGACCGGUGAGCCGAUGGGUGGGAUGGAUGGAUGUAUGGGCCAAUGCAUGGGAUGCAGCUGUUCGCCUACCCUACCUGAGGUGCUUCUCCUCGACGAUUCUCUGGAAAAGCUCCCCGCCCUCGCAGUACUCGAGCACUAAAUAGAAGUUGGCCAAAUCCUCAAACACCUUCACACACACACACAGAGACACAGACAGAGACAGAUUCCGUCCGUCCGUCCGUCCGUCCCUCGCGCCACCGCCAGCGCACCGACCCACCUCGAGCAGCCUGCAUAUGGCUGGGUGGUCGAGUGACCUCAUCAGUGACACCUCCCGCUUGAAGGUGUCCAGCUGAUCAGCCAUCACCUUCUUCUUAGACACCUGCACAUAACACAACACCAGACAGACAAAUGCAAUGCAGCCAGCCACAAGCUUUCUUUGCCGAAUCGACCGACCGACCGACCUUUUUGAUGGCCACUGUGCGCCCGGGAUUCAGCUUAGACCGAGCCAGGAAAAUUGAGCCGUACCCACCCUCGCCAAUCAGACCAUCCUGCAAUCAAUCAAUCACCACACACAUACACACACAAGACUGCAUGUAAGUGGGUGCCUGUGGUAUCUAUCUUGCGGCCCAGGUAGGUCCGUACGUCUAAGAAGGUGUAGUGGUCGUUGAUCGAGACGGCGUGCUUCUCGCUGAUGAAGGUCUUGUAGUCAUAGUGAGGGAUGGCGCUGGUGGUGCCGGCCAUGCCGCCGACGGGCGAGGAGGCGUAGCGCAGGGCAGACAUGGGGGGCGCGGUCGGCGGGGAGUGAUGUGUGUGUGACAAACUAUGGCUGAACGACCCAACCAACAAACACAAUACCCUUAGUGUGCGUGGCGUAUCAGGCUCGUGUGUGUGUGUGUACCUUUUCUUUGUCGGGAUUUCGCUUCUGGUCUUGAAGGCAACUUGAGUCUGGUAGGACUGUCGGCUCUCAGGGCUGCUCCCGCCGCCAUCGUGGCUGCACGACGCCGAGUGGGGAAUCGUCUGGGAAGACGAUGGCGGGAGGUCCGAUGACGGCGAAGCGUCAUAGCCUUCUCCCGGUGUGUGUGCGGCUGCGGCGUGCGUGGCGUAGGCGCCAGGCUGGCCGAGAGGGGGAGGGGAGGGAGAAGCAAUGCUCAUCAUCUAUCAGAAGAUCAACGUGUAUGUUGGCUUCAUGACGUUCGGGAUGCUCUCGUGGAGUGAUUCAAGUGGAAAAAGCUCUUCAAAUGUGGCGAAAGGCUCCUUGGGCCGGGAGUUG